AUGAAAAUUGUAACAGCAACAAAUGUGAGAUAUUGUGGAAAUGUAUCAAGUCAUUACACUUACGGUAUCAAUUUAUCAAAAUUUCUCUUUUUACCUUUCGCCGAAAGUUUGUCUCUUCGAAAAGACACUCGAAUGACAUUUGUCUCGCACUCGAUUGAUCUGAUCAGCAUAAUAAUAAAAGCAUAUGAACUUCCACUUCAAACGAAGGAGAAAAAUACUGUUAUGUUAUGGGCUUCUGUACAAAAAGAAAUUGUUUUCCUUUCACAGUCUCUUACACGGAAGUACCGAUUUCUGUCGUAUCAGAAAUUUGUGAGUUGUUACAAAGUUAGUGCUAGAGAUAAAACAAAACAUGAUGAAAUUAUGUUCAAAGUCAAUUUUUCAGCUAACGAACAGAGAAAUCUUUCCACGAUCGAUGAUUCAACUGACAAAUAUAAAGUUAAAAACAUUUGCAAUCACAUUAUGAAUCCAUUCGCAGAAGAAGCAAUGAAACACUUUAGUGCUAUGGAAUAUCAAUCUUGUUCGUCAAUUAAACCUCUGACGUCAAUCGAUCAAAAUUUUGAAGACGAUACUGCAAGGCUGAUAAUUCAUGAAGAGCGAAUAAGUCAAUUUUACAAUGAAUCAAUUCAAUCAGGAUUUUCAUGCUGCUAUCGGAAAGCUUUACGACUAGAAACUGCCGAAUUGCCUGACUAUCAAUUACAUUAUUACAAAUGCAAAAAAUUCAAGACAAAUCAUCUGCUUAAACCAGAUGAAGAAUUUUUGCUCGUGAAAUGUUCAGCUUAUGAAAAUUCAGAGAAAAAAUUGAUUUACGUAAAUGGCCACUCAGUUGUAAGAAUGAAAGAAAAAGUGAGGAAGAGAAUUGAAAACGCAACAGAAAACAAAUUCAGCGUACUUUUGUUGGGACUUGACAGCAUGUCAAGAAUGCAUUUCAUACGAUCUAUGCCAAAAUCAUUCGAUCACCUAAGAAAUUCUGGCUGGUAUGAAUUAGCAUUCUACAAUAAGGUCGGUGAAAAUACUUUUCCUAACUUAGCCUCAAUCAUGACCGGUAAAAGUUUCGAGGACAUUGAAAAUAUUCCAAAUAACAAAAAACUCGGCGGGCUUCAAGUCCUUCGUUUCAUUUGGGACGAUUUCAAAGAUGCUGGCUAUGCGACCAUUUUGGGUGAAGAUAAUAUGUCGUACAGUACAUUCAUCCAUCUCAGAGAAGGCUUCAUUGAGCAACCUGUUGAUUACUAUUUUCAUCCUUACGCAAUACUGUUGGAGAAGAACUUAAAUACAAGUGAAUGUGAUUAUUUAAAUCCAUAUUUUGAAUACAGAGCUUUCCUAGGCUUUCAAUAUUACAUCGAUCAUCUCUAUCAAUAUGCGUAUGACUUUUUGAGAAUGUUUAAAAAUAAACCUUCAUUCGGAUUAAUAUGGUCAGGUUCAUUCACACACGAUGACAAUAAUUUACCAUCAUCGAUGGAUGAUAAAAUUUUAGAUUAUUUGAGAAAGCUUGAUGAACUGGAGAUUCUUGAAAAUUCGAUUGUUAUUUUCUUCAGUGAUCACGGAAUUCGUUAUGGCCACACACGUGAACAUUUUCUUGGGUGGGUGGAGGAACGUUUGCCAUUCUUUUUUAUUUGGGUUCCAAAAAAACUUCAAGUUUCUCAUCCAGAAAUAGCAAGGAAUCUGAAAAAGAAUGAAGAUCGACUUUUUUCUCCUUAUGACGUUCACUUGACUUUGAAACAUAUUCUUCAAUUGGUGGAAGGAACUGAAAAUAAUUAUAACGAAUGGAAUGUCACUUGCCCUGAAUGUCAAAGUAUAUUCGAAGAAAUUCCGAUCAAUCGAGUUUGCGAAGAUGCUGGAAUAACUGAAGAGUGGUGUGUUUGUAAAAGCUUUGAAGAAGUUCAGUUAGAUUCAAUUUUAACGAACACAAUUGCCAAUAUAGUUGUAGAUAAGCUAAAUGAGGAUCUUUCUGUGCAUCCCGAAUGUUCUUAUUUAAAAUUGAACUCCAUUCGUUCAAUACGUAAAGCAGAAUUGUUGAAAUCUUCUGCAAGUGUUGCUGAUUAUCUUAUAAUAUUUGAUGUGACACCUUCAGAAGCAGUAAUCGAGGCGACUGUCCGAUGCAAAGAUUUAACUUGCACUCAUCAUGACAUAAUUGGGUCAGUUGCAAGAAUAAAUGCGUACAGAACUGAUGGCGAUUGUAUUGAUAAUGUUGAACAAAGAAAGUUUUGUUAUUGUAUUUGA